CACAACACGGAAUACGGUGCACAAACGUUCACUUCUUCGCUUCUUGCAACUUUUCUAGCAUCUGCGGUUUGCGAGGGAGCUUUGGAUCGCGGCCACAAUGGCCACCAAACCCUUGAAGGAUGUUGUCGCCGUUGGAAAGAAAUAUACCCAGCAGAGCACAGGCGUCUGGGAAAUGAUACGCAGAAUCUUCGCAGUCGACUCCAACCGGAGCAAUGGUGUACCCGUUAAACACUUUCGAAACCCGCCGCCCGGGGGUCUUGACCCUACAUCAUACGAUGAAGCUGUGACAACACCAGCUGCUGAUAUCGCAGAUAACCCAUACUGGAAAAGAGACGUUCGAAGAGCAUAUCCGACGUUGAGCACAGUCACACAAAGAGACGCUGUCGGUCUGUUAACGAUGGGAAGCGCCGCCAACCCAAGUCCCAAAUUAUUGGCUGGCGAGGAGGGGCAGAAACAACUCGUUGCUGUCAAGCAGGAAGGCGAGAAAGGGCUUGCGGCGUACUUUGAAUCGGAAAAGGGAACUGCGGUUCUAGGCGAGAAUGGCCUACCACCAAUGCCGGCCACCUUUGGCAGAAAAUCGGCCGUGAAAUACGACCUCGGUCCCCAGAGUUAUGAAGAAAAAUAUCCUUGCCGGUCCUUUGUCUAAGCGUGUAUGGAAAGGUGGCAUCUGUAAAUAGCUUCACCAGAAUAAAAGGAAGACUGGGACACAACAUCGGACUAUUCUAUCUCACCUACAGCUGAUUGAUGCAGUUGUUCUAGCAGUUCUUUUUCCCGUGCGGCUUC